GUUCCUCGGUGAGGGCCUGUUCGCCUUGAUUUACGUUCCCCCGCGAAGGCGGUUGGCGGGGAGGGAUGGAAGAAGUGCGGGGGAUGAGCCUCUGGAGCCGUUUCCACCGGCAUUAAUUCCAUAAGGAAAAAGGAGAAACCAAACGGUUUGCCACAGUUUUCCAGACAAAAUCGAGGCAGCAAAUUGGUUCUCCUCUGCAGAAGAAAUUACAGUAUGGAAAUUCCAGCAACCAAAGGUUGCCCUUCUCAGAGCAACAGAGAUUCUGAUGGGUCUAUUCAAGCAUCUCAUGAUGAUGAUCAGCAGCCUGCAGCCUCAGAUAUGUGCAGCUUUAGGACAGUUGGCGGCUCCCCUUUGCGUCAGAUGUAUUGGGGAGAACAAAUGUCAGGAGUCCCAAAUUCACACAGUUGUCUCCUGAGCAGGAUUGGGGCAUCUGAAGAGCAUCAUUCCUCUCGUAGGGAAGAGAGUUCUUGGAAUCCAGGCCCAAAUUCCUCUCUUGAUAGACAUGAGUCCAGAGAGUCCCUUCCUCUCUCUUCCUGCUGGGGUGAAUUAAAGACAGAAAACCCAGCUGCAAAAAAUGUCGGUAGGGCUACCCAGAAGUUUAACCAAGGCACUGAAAAACUGGGGGACUUGGAUACUGAAAGUGGCACCCCCAACAGAGAAGAGACCUACCAUGACAAACAGUCACAUUACGAUAAUGGAAAUUUUAAGUCCCUUGGUUCAAACAUGGUGACUGAUGGUCCCACUGAGGACGACGACACCACUCUCCUUGCCAUGUUCCACGCUGUGGCCAACAGCUGCUUGGCAGUCCGGAGCCAACAGAAGGAUGAACCAGAUUUCACACCAGCUCAAAAGUUGGCCAUUUUACGGGAUUUAUACCGCACCAAACCUCUGGUCUUCCUGGAGCGCUUCCGAACAGCCCUGCGGGAAGAGCACUUGCCCUGCUUCCGCCAUCUCUCUGGCAAUUACGAGGCAGAUUUCUACUGUGCCGAGGUGCGCAGGGCUGGCCUGGGCAAAACCCGGCACACGAGGGUGAGGAACAAGCGCUAUGCAGCUCUGCAACAGCUCAUCAGAGGUGGGGAAUAUUUCAGCGAUGAGCAGAUGCGUGGCCGGGACCCCCUCCUUUAUGAGCAGUACAUUGGACAGUAUCUGAGCGAUGAGGAGCUGCAGGCACUGGGCAACCUGAAGUUGGAGGCGUCCUGCUCCCUCUCAGGAGUCCUCCUAGACUCCUACCAAGAGCAGGUCAUCCAGCAGCGGCUGCAGGUCCAGCAGGAACAGGAAGAGGCCUGCGAGGAGGAGGAAGAAGACAGUGACCAUGGUAGUGAAGGCAAGGCUUUUGACCCUGAUGCAGACGAGUGGGUUCCUGAUGAUGGGGAGAAGGCUUUUCUGCGGGAAGAGUUCACGAGCCGUAUGUACCAGCGCUUCCUUGAUGGCAAGGAUCUGGACUUUGACUACAGCGAAGUUGAUGAGAAUCCAGAUUUUGACAACCUUGACAUUGUCUCGAGGGAUGAGGAAGAACGUUAUUUUGAUGGGGAGGAGCCUGAAGCCGCUGACACUAUGGAAAUAGAGGAGAUGGAUCUAAGAUCUUAGUUCCUGUGAUGGAGGCGAAGGCAUCAGGGCAUCCUGCGCUGCUGGUGGCAGAGCAGGGAAAUGUACAUUUGACGCCCCACCCUAGGUGGCAUUCAUCUUGCUGAAUUGGGUGGACGAAUUGGCUUCACGUUCACCUGGAUGGAGCGUCAAAAUCGGAAGUGGUUGCUGAGGGAAGUUUGUGGGGCCCACGGCAUCUUUGGUACCUGGUAAGAGAUCACCAGAUCUCUUCCUGAAUUCUUCUGAGUCCCCAGUAGGAAAAGAUUGCUGAAAAGAAAAAGACCAGACAAUGCCAGUGUGUGUUUGUCAUGCCUCAGUAAAUCUAAUCCCUGUAUCUGGACAAUACAAUUUCCCACAAUACAGUCACGUUCCUUUCUUGAGUCUGCAUUUUCCCCUUGGCCUGUAAACCAGUGCUGAGAAACACUAUUGUAAAUAAGCAGUCUCCAUUAGGAGCAGAGCUAACCUCAAGUCUGGACACACCCCAAGUCAAACCUCCCUCCACCCCCACCAGUGUUCUGUUCUUCAGUGGCAAUUUGGGUCUCAAGGGCUUUUUCCAGCAUUUGGAGGUGAACAAUAAAAUUGCUAAAUAAGA